UUCGCAUCCGUGUGUCUGCCUGCUUUAAAUUAUUGUUCACAUUCCUUGCCUGCGAGUGUCAAGACCCCGCCGACGCUGGCUUAAACGUGCGGAUGUGAAUGCCAAAAGUCCAUGUUCGUAGCUCGCUCCUUGUUCAAAAUGUCAAGUUCCAACCCAUUGGUGAGGCUGGAGCAGCGAGCUGCAGAGGCCGACCAGAUCAUCGAGUACCUCAAACAGCAAGUCCAGCUGCUCAAGGAGAAAGCCAGCAUCCAGGCCAGCGUCAGAGAGGAGAAGAAACUGCUGGUGGAAAAUGCCAAACUGAAGCAGGACAUCGAGGACUUGAAAAAACAGCUGCUGGACAAAGAGAAGAAGAGAGGAGUGCGAGACGUUGCCAUGCCAUCAGUGGAAGUCUCUGAGAAGUCCCAUGCCACUCCUCCCCAAUCCGGUGGUCCUGCGCCCUGCGUCACCCCCGCCGCCGCCGCCCCUGUUCAGAGUCCUCCCCCCAAAGACGACAGCCACAAUAAGAAAAAGCCGGAGAAAAAAGAGAAAAAGCCUCAGCAGAUGGCGACAGCCGGUCAGGAUGAAGCCAAGGUGGACGUGUCUCGGCUGGACCUCCGCGUUGGCCGCAUCAUCACGGCGGAGAAGCACCCGGACGCCGACAGUCUCUAUGUGGAGCAGGUGGACGUCGGGGAGGCUUCACCCAGAACGGUGGUCAGCGGGUUGGUCAAGCAUGUGCCUCUGGAUCAGAUGCAGAACCGCAUGGCCAUUCUGCUGUGUAACCUGAAGCCAGCCAAGAUGAGAGGGGUGACGUCUCAGGCCAUGGUCAUGUGCGCCAGCUCUCCUGACUUGGUGGAAAUCCUCGACCCUCCAAAUGGUGCUGUGCCAGGGGAAAGAGUCACUUUCCAGGGCUUCUCAGGCGAGCCUGACAAAGAGCUGAACCCCAAGAAAAAAGUGUGGGAGCAGAUUCAGCCGGACCUGCGCACAGACGGUGACUGCGUCGCAACCUACAAGGGGGCGCCGUUCGAAGUGGUCGGAAAGGGAGCGUGCCGGGCCCAGACCAUGAGCAACAGCGGCAUCAAAUAAAAAGAUGAGCUGUUCCCCUCCGCUGAUAAAUUGAAGUGAAAAAGCACUUGAAGGGCUUCAAUAAAAAUUUUUAUCAUCUUCC